UGUUGUUCAAUAUGAAUAUUUAAUUCAUUUAUAAUCACUGAAUCAUGAAAUAUAUUUCAAACCUAUUCAUCAACACGGAAAUAAGAAAGAUCAGUUCAUCACUCUAUUUUCAUUCCUCUAAUUGGAUAUAUCACACAACGAUAUGUUGGAAAGAAGCCUCACAGUUAUAUUGACCAUUGCCAUAUCAGCUCAUGUAUAUGGAGCAAGCAUUGGCACAAGCAAUGGCCAGCAACCUACAACACUUUUAGACAGUGUAAACGGGAUUGUCAAUGAAAUAAAAGCGCAACAAGCUGCUAGCGAUACAGCAAGUACCACACCAGAACCUGCACCGGGUACUCUGAAUGUGUGUGAGAUCCUAUGCCCAAAAUGGUGUCAGAAAGUAGAAGGUUCGGAAAGAAACUUUACAGACUGUCAUUACAAGUGUGGAAAUGUGUGUAAAGAAAAGACAUGGGUUGACAAUCCAUUCAUCGGUAAUACACGCUACGAAGUUGUGCCCAGUGAGUACGAUUUUGCUAUGUAUGACAAAAACCAAGAUAAAAAGAUCUCAGUUGAAGAGUUCGCCAGAGCUGAGGGCAUUCCAGCUGAUGAAGCCAGGGACCUACUUCACUUUUCAGACUUCAACAAGGAUGGAUUCAUAGACAUAGAUGAGUUCCAAGGAGGGCCAAUAGUUUUCACAGUACAAAUGGCGGCAGAACUGAGCUCAAUUUCGAAGAAUGGCAACACAGUAGUAACAUCACCAUAAUAUACAAACACCUCUUGCAUCUAUCUAAAAUUACAAUGAUUUUAACAAAGACGAUAAAGGGGGAGUUAAAUCUUCGGUUUCAAAUUACUGUCUUCAUAGCAGAGAGAAAAUAACAACAACAAAAUGUCAGUUUGUACUUAUCAUUCCUUCUCUAAACUACUCCCCCUUAUACCAGCUUAUGUAGAAUUCUGUUUUAAUAAUAAAGAGUUUUAUUGUCACAAAGUUAUCAAAAUAUUGCAAGUUUACUUACAUUCCAGAAAUACGCGAUUUUUUGUUUUUUUCUUUCAGACUGUAUCUAUUUAUGGUUCUAACGUGUCUGUCUAUUGUUUAAGCCAGGAUGAAUUUUCGCAAACAAAGUAAUAUUAAUAUCUUCUGUUUCAAAAGGGAAAGUAAAUAAAAUUGUGUUUUUUUUCGA